GUAAAAUUUGGAGAGAAGGCAGCUGUUGAAAAAUGUUAAAGCUUUGGGUCAAACAAGCUUGACCUUAGAGGGUUUACUCUCCUUUUCCACACUGAGACCACCAGCAUGGAAACAUGUAAUGACUUAUCUAAAAGCAACAGGUUUAUUUGACAGAUUAUAAUUUAAUCUGUUGUUUUCUAUUUUUAGGAUUUUGUUUAUUUAUUUUUGUUCUUUUGCAUAGUUUAUAACGUAUAACCUCCAUCGAAGCUCUAAACCAAACAGUAGGUGGCGGUAAUGCACCAUAUUGGUUUGCCAUCUGCCAAAUAAAAAAGAAAGAAGAAGAAGAAGGCUGUUGUAGUUUCAAGUUCUUAUAUCUGCUUUGCAUAUCUGCACAACGGCAGGGGUUUUCAAUAAAGCUUUCAAAUUAAAAUUAAAAGAGCAAGGAGCAGAGGACGGAGCAGAGGCAGCGGUGAUUCGGACCCUCUGCAGAACGGUAACACGAACGAAGGGAGGAGUAUGAAAAGAGGAAGGUGCACAGGCAGCGGCGAUGCAGACCCGCCGCAGAACGGUACCUCCGACGACGGGAUGUGGGUUCGAGGCCCCGAAGCCGGGGCCAGCAACAUUGACAGCCUGCCCGACACGAACGAUGAGGUUGACUCGGCCCAUAGAAGAGAUAUCAGGAGCAAAUACCGGGUGCUGAUCAGCAGCAUUCAACAGAACCGAGAGGAUAUGCUGAAUAAUCGUGAUAAUAAAAUCACAGAAGUACUGGACGAAGCGAACACACUUUUUAAGGAAGUGCACCAAGCCAGAGAGGCAGCGCUUGAUUCCCAGCUGCUGGUGGUGGCAUCGGACCUGGGCAAGGAGAAGGCCAGCCAGCUGUUCUCUGAAGGCCUCUCUUUCGACCCUUCUACCUUUGUACAGCAUACUCUGUCCUUCAUGGGACUCAACUGGCUAGAAGAAGAGGGGGAGAGCUCAGACGAAGGAGCGGCCACAUCGCACGGCUCUCUUCCCCGGAAUGCCUGGCACAGGCUGGCCCGCCGAGCCGAGGCGUGCUUCCGGAGCACCCCGGCCUUCCACUUCAUGUACGGCUCGUUCCAUGCAGAGCCCCCACCCCCGAAGCCGCGGGUGGAGAGACAGAGGAAGGCUCCCACCAAGGAGGCCAAGAGGAUCAUGCCUACUCAGUUGAAGAAGAUGGAGGAGUCCCAACAGGAGGCCACGGAGAAGGAGGUGGAGAGGAUCCUGGGCUACUUGCAGCAGUACCACGCUCAGGACCCCACUUCGCCGAUCUCCUAUUACGAGUUUGUCAUCAACCCCCAUUCGUUCUCUCGAACGGUGGAGAACAUCUUCCAUGUGUCGUUCUUAGUCAGGGAUGGUUUGGCAAGGAUGUACAUGGAUCGUGACAAGAUGCCCUGCAUUGGUCCUGUGGAGGACGGUAUGGCGGAAGAGGGCACAGCCUCCGUCCGUAAACAGUGCGUCGUUUCCAUCACCCUGCAGGGCUGGAGGGAGCUCCGAGAAGACUUGGACAUCCAAGAGUCGAUGAUCCAGCCACCAAAGUCGCAAACUAAAUGACGGGUUAUUGCCUUUUGUAUAAAUUUUAUUUUAAAAUGAAUUUUUUAUAUUCUAGAGUAUACAUGUUUCUCACAAAUUCUGCCCAAUUUUGAUCUAUUUUCUGAAGGGUUUUCCUCAACCCUUCCUAUUUGUAUAUUUUGGUUGCUUUUAUUUACCGUUUUAAGAAAAUGUGUU